AUAGAAAAAAAGGAAUAAAUAUGAAUGAGCUGGUUUAAUGAAAAAAAGAAAAUUAGAUUUAAGCUUAUUAGUAACUAGAGUAAUAUUUGUAGUAAUGAUAAUAUAAGAUUUAAUUAAUAAGAAAAAGUAAUUAUUAAAGAAAGCAAAUAAAAAAUCUAAGGAUCCAUAAAUUUCAUACAUUUAUUUAAAUAUUUGACAGAAGAAAUAAUAUUAAAAUUAUGAAAUCAAUAUUGGCUCAUGAAGAUUGUGGUGCUGGUGUCACAUUUAAUGAUUUAUAAUAAAAAUAUUGGCCUUAAAAAUUAUAUUUAAUGUAAGUAUAAUGAAAAUUGAUG